UUUUUAUAAGUGACUAUAUUUUUUAAAAUUUUGAUCAGUUAUAUUUGGUUCUGCCAGUGCACCUCUUUAUAAUUUGGUUUUAAAUUUAAAUAGUACACCACGGAAACUCUCCCUACAUUAAUUUUCAUUAAAAUCAAACAAAUAAUUUUUUAAAUAAAAAGCUUGGUUUAAAUUUUAACCAGGUUGUCAAACAGAUUAAUAAACAGUAUAUCUUUCCUAUCUGUGCAGGCUGUGUUAAUGAUCACGAUGUUCCUGGAAGUGAAUUUCAAUAAUGGUAAUGCAUACGUAAAACUCGAUGAACUUAUGCUUGUAUGCUGCGCCAUUCUCUCUGUAUUAAAAAUAUUGUUCUUUCGCUUAUAUGCUGAAAAAUUGAUUCGUAAUUUUACUUCGGCUGUCACCGAUUAUCUCGCCAUUGAUACUGAGGAAAAACGCACAAUUAUGCGACAGCACGCAUUUUUGGGAAGGAUAAUUUCUUACACUACCAUAGUUUUAAGUUAUUUGACUUCAACACUUUUCGUACUAAUGCCUAUGAUAAUAGGUGAUAACAACGCUGAAGUUAAUGUAUCUAUCAAGAAUCAAGCAGCGGAUUUACCCUUACCUUUAACCUGGACCUUAGGAAACUAUCAUAUAUCUACGACUUUAUAUUUCACGAUUCUUUUAGUGCAAUAUUAUUUAUUAUUACUCAAUUGCAACGGCAAUGUUGGUAAUGAUUCACUUUUCCUUGCUAUUACUCUCCACAUUUGUGGGCAAAUGGAACUUCUAAAAACCGACUUUGCCAAUUAUGGCAAAAAAAGUAAAAACAUAAGUAAAGAUUUUACGCUUUUGAUAUCAAGACACCGUUAUCUAAUGGAACAUGCGGAACUUCUGACAGAAGUUAUAAGUAUCGUUUUACUCGUGCAAAUUCUCAGCAGUUGUUUUGUUAUUUGUUUUGUCGGUUUAAACCUUGUUUUGGCAUUGAAGGCACAUGACACAAUAAUGUUCGCGAAAUGCAUAUCAGCAAUGAUGGCUUUUCUCCUACAAUUGUUUUCCUAUAGUUUUGUUGGCGAUUAUUUAAAGUGUCAAAUGAAAGAUAUUGCGGACUCAAUGUAUAGCUGCAAUUGGUAUUGCUUUCCAUUUAAAUUUAUGAGAAAUUUUUUAUUUGUCAUAAUGCGUUCGCAACAACCUGUUCAACUGUUAGCUGGCAGAUAUUUUGUGGUAAACAUUGAAACUUAUAUGACCAUAUUAAAAAGUUCCCUUUCGUAUUUGUCAGUUCUGCGAGUGAUGAUAGACGCAUAGAACAGGGAGGACUAACCGACGAUACGUGUGAUACUAAUAGCAAUCAAAGACAUUACCAGUAAUAUGCGUAAAGAAGCGUGCGUUGUAGAAA